UCACACCCCCUGCCCCCUCAUGCCAAUCCGCUCCCCCCGCCCCUACCCUCCGCGUGCCCGCUCCCUCGCCGCCUUCUUUUUGACCCUCCCUGCCCCCCUCGGCCGUUACCCACCGCUCGCCAUUCGCUCCUCCCCGCCCCGUGCCCUCCCCUCGUUUACCUUCGCCUCCCCCCUCCCCUCCUCUGCUGCACGCCUCUUCCUUCCCCUCGCUAACCCACUCCACUCCCUGCCCCUCCUCAUCCGCACCCUGCCCCUCGUUUCUCGCCCCCCUACGCUUGCUUCUCCCCUCCCUGCCUCUCCCUCCUCCCCGCCCUGCCCCUCAUUUUCCGCCCCCCCACGCCCGGUUAUUCUCCCCUCCCUGCACCUCCCUUUCUUUCUCCGUGCCUCUCCUUUGCUCCCUCCCUGCCCCCGCCUGCCCAUGCCCCUGUCUUGGUUUCUCCCCUCCCUGCCCCACGUUUCUUCCCUCCCUGAGAUCACCUUGUACCCCCUCUGCCCCUCCCUUGUUCUCCCCGCACCCAUUGCUUCUCCCCUCCCUGCCCUUGAUUUCCCGCACCCCUGCCCUUGUUUCCUACCAUCCAUGCCCCUCGUUUCCCCUCUUUGUACGUUCACCCUCUUCCCUCCCUGCCCCUCCCUUCCUCCCCCCCUGCCCUUUGCUUUCCCCUCGUUACGCUCCCUUCUCCCCAUCCCUGCUGCCCUCUUACCACCAUCAGCCCGUCCCCCACCACCAGCCCCCCUCCCACCCUUCUCCCCCCCCCCCCUCUCCCUCUCUCUCUCUCUCUCUCUCUUUCUCUCGCACACACACACACACACACACUCCCCUCCCCCACCCCCCACCCACAUCCUCCCGUUCUGCCCCUCCCUGCCCCUGUUCCACCCCCUCGCACGCCCCUCACCUCUCACCUCCGUUCAACUGGAUUCCCCCCCUCUGGUGCAAUCCCUUGCAUCGCUCGCCCCUCUGCUCACCCUCUGCCCGCCCCUUUUCCUUGCCCUCAGCUGGCCCAGCCCCUGCCCGUUGCUGCCCCUCCCCUUGCCCCCUCAACUCCCCUGCCCCCGUACACCCCACUCCCGUCCAACCGCCCCCACCCUCCCCCGGCUGCCCGUUUCCGCUCUCCACCCCCGCGACCGUGUGCGGCUUCCAACCGCCCAACGGUGUCACACCCCCCUGCCCCCUCAUGCCAUCCGCUCCCCCCGCCCCUACCCUCCGCGUGCCCGCUCCCUCGCCGCCUCUUUUGACCCUCCCUGCCCCCCUCGCCGUUACCCACCGCUCGCCAUUCGCUCCUCCCCCGCCCGUGCCCUCCCCUCGUUUACCUUCGCCUCCCCCCUCCCCUCCUCUGCUGCACGCCUCUUCCUUCCCCUCGCUAACCCACUCCACUCCCUGCCCCUCCUCAAUCCGCACCCUGCCCCUCGUUUCUCGCCCCCCCUACGCUUGGUUUCUCCCCUCCCUGCCCCUCGCCGCCUUUCUCCGCUCCCCACCUCCCCCCUCUCCCUGCCCCCCCACUCUCCUCCACUUGCCCUUGGCUUCCCACCUCCCUGCCCCACCUUUCCCCCCUCCGUGUGCUCAGCUUCUCCCCUCCCUGCCUCUCCCUCCUCCCCGCCCUGCCCCUCAUUUUCCGCCCCCCCACGCCCGGUUUCUCCCCUCCCUGCACCUCCCUUUCUUUCUCCGUGCCUCUCCUUUGCUCCCUCCCUGCCCCCGCCUGCCCAUGCCCCUGUCUUUGGUUUCUCCCCUCCCUGCCCCACGUUUCUUCCCUCCCUGAGAUCACCUUGUACCCCCUCUGCCCCUCCCUUGUUCUCCCCGCACCCAUUGCUUCUCCCCUCCCUGCCCUUGAUUUCCCGCACCCCUGCCCUUGUUUCCUACCAUCCAUGCCCCUCGUUUCCCCUCUUUGUACGUUCACCCUCUUCCCUCCCUGCCCCUCCCUUCCUCCCCCCCUGCCCUUUGCUUUCCCCUCGUUACGCUCCCUUCUCCCCAUCCCUGCUGCCCUCUUACCACCAUCAGCCCGUCCCCACCACCAGCCCCCCCUCCCACCCUUCUCCCCCCCCCCCUCUCCCUCUCUCUCUCUCUCUCUCUCUUUCUCUCGCACACACACACACACACACACUCCCCUCCCCCACCCCCCCACCCACAUCCUCCCGUUCUGCCCUCCCUGCCCCUGUUCCACCCCCUCGCACGCCCCUCACCUCUCACCUCCGUUCAACUGGAUUCCCCCCCUCUGGUGCAUCCCUUGCAUCGCUCGCCCCUCUGCUCACCCUCUGCCCGCCCCUUUUCCUUGCCCUCAGCUGGCCCAGCCCCUGCCCGUUGCUGCCCCUCCCCUUGCCCCCUCAACUCCCCUGCCCCCCGUACACCCCACUCCCGUCCAACCGCCCCCACCCUCCCCCGGCUGCCCGUUUCCGCUCUCCACCCCCGCGACCGUGUGCGGCUUCCAACCGCCCAACGGUGUCACACCCCCCUGCCCCCUCAUGCCAUCCGCUCCCCCCGCCCCUACCCUCCGCGUGCCCGCUCCCUCGCCGCCUCUUUGACCCUCCCUGCCCCCCUCGCCGUUACCCACCGCUCGCCAUUCGCUCCUCCCCGCCCGUGCCCUCCCCUCGUUUACCUUCGCCUCCCCCCUCCCCUCCUCUGCUGCACGCCUCUUCCUUCCCCUCGCUAACCCACUCCACUCCCUGCCCCUCCUCAAUCCGCACCCUGCCCCUCGUUUCUCGCCCCCCUAUGCUUGGUUUCUCCCCCCCUGCCCUUUGCUUUCCCCUCCCCCUGCCCGUUGCUGCCCCUCCCCUUGCCCCCUCAACUCCCCUGCCCCCCGUACACCCCACUCCCGUCCAACCGCCCCCACCCUCCCCCGGCUGCCCGUUUCCGCUCUCCACCCCCGCGACCGUGCCCUACCCCUACAGGCCAACCACCAAACUCACACCCCCCUCUCGUACCUGCCCCUCCACAGGGCCAUGGGAGCGAUCCAGCCCACCCACCCCCGGGCCGCCUCUCUCUUCCAAUAAACUCCCCCCCCAGGUGGCGGCAGCCGGGAUGGAGGCCGACGGGAUGAGGGAUGCGCCCAUGGCAGACGCCACCGACUCCCCCUCCCAUGCCUCCCACCCCAUCCAUGUCGACGCCCCCCUACCGCAACCCAUGGUGAUAGGGGAGGGCCAAGGGGGUUUUCUAGGGCAGGGUCCACACCCGAGCUCUGCUCAGCCAGCACGCCCCACCCCACCCUCUACCCUGCCAGCCCUCCUACCCUCACCAGCAGGCAGGCAGGUCACCGGGACCCCAGAGGAGGUGAGGGCUGCCAUCUCAGAUUUGCGGGCGAUACAGAGCCCGAGCAGCUCCCCGGCUGCCCCCACCCUAUCAAUCCCACAGGUCCGGACCCGGACGUAUGCGGAGGUCACCCGUUCUGUCCCUUCUUUUAUCCCCCCCACUACUCAUCCAGGCCCGUCACUCCCGUCCCCGAUGGAGACAGACCUGGUUCCGAGGCCGUGUCGCUCGCACCUAGACGUGGUGGCGCCUCCCCCCGUUCAGCCCGUUGCCGACACACAACCCGUGGCGCAGGAGGGCACCGGCUUUAGGGAUGAGACAUCUGCCCCUGCCCAGACCCCCCCGCCUGGGGUAGCAGAGCCGCCACUUGGACCGCACCCCGCCGAGGGACAGGGGCACACCACGGCGCACACUUCAGGCUCACCUCCACGUCCCCCCUCCCUAGCUUCGGGACCGGUACCGCCACGAGGCCCGGCCCCAUCCUGUGGGGCACCACCUCUUUCUUCUCAGACACCCCCCAGGCAUGGGGCCGGUGAGUCCUCUCCUCCCCUUAUCCCAGGCGAUCCUCUUGCAGCUCAGGCCACCCAUGGGGCCCCCUCUACAGCCAGUUCCGACGCCACGGCCCCGAUCGGCCCCACCGACACGGCGACAUCACCCGACCAGGUCGUGAGAUGCCCCACCUGCAGGAGCUCUCUCGCGAACCGACGUGCCCUUCAGCACCACACGCCCUUCUGCCAUCCUGCGGACGCGGCUCGUAGGGCACAGGCCCUCCACGACACCUCAUCUGUCCUCCCAUCCCUCUCGGAGCCACAAGGGACGAGGACGCAUUUCACAGAUGCACAGUGGCAAACGCUGGAAUCCUUCGAUUGGACGGAGUAUUUCUCGCCAGAGCGCACCCACGCCCGCCCUCUCCGACGCAUUCCUGCUAGGGUCCGCGGAGGAUAUCUUGACGUCCUCUGCACGAUCUUGGCCCGUGUAUCCCAGGAUCCCGAGGCUCCGGGCCCUACCUUCCUCCUCGCCACUGCACCCACACUUCUCCUCACGCAGGCGACCCCGCCAGACCGCUCGCACACGACUGCCAUCGCAGCACGGGUCUCCCGCUUCAUGCGAGGUGAGUGGACUGAGCUACUCUCUGAGGCCCUGAUCCGUCGCACCCCCCUCCCUCGACGCACAUCCCGGCGCGCACGUCCCGUCACCGCCCAGUCCACCGCAGAUGAGCGUCGCAUCGCACGUUGCCUCCGUCUGGCAGCGUGCAAUGAGACCUCACGGGCCUGCGCGGCUCUUGAGUCCGCGGAGGCCACCCCAGAUACACAGGGGACAACACAGCGCCUACAGUCGAACCACCCCAACGCGGAGAGGCCAACCCCAGUUUGGCUGUCGGACUACCAGGGGACUGCUCUCGUGCUCUCGACGGAUCACCUAUGUCGCGCCAUCUUCACAGCUCCGCGUGGCUUCUCGGGGGGACCGUCUGGCGUCCCGGAUCGUCUCGAGAAGAUGGGGCGGGUGCUACCUUGGCUUCCGAGGUUGCGCCAGCCCCAGACAGCUGCUCGCCUUCUUUCGGCAUGUGUCAGCACUCGCCCGCAGUACCUGUCGAGGACUGUCCCUCCCUCACCCGCAGUGCUCUCCAGCUUCGCACGCUGGGACGCACACCUGGGAGAGACUUUUCAGCAGCUUUUAGCGUCAGGGACAUGGGCAUGCCGCGAGGACGUCAAAGAUGCCGCCAGCGACCAGAUCUUCCUCCCCAUCCGCCUUGGGGGUUUCGGCAUUCGUCGCAUGGAGCGCAUUGCCCCGAGCUUUGCUUCCGGUGAGACAGAGCAGAUCAACCCAUCCCUACGGACGACGCUGGAGGGCCUUCCACCUGACAUCCUCUCUCUCCUCCCACCCUGGCCCUCUUGUGCCUCUGCUUCCCCCGAUUCCCUUUUUGCAGGAGCGAGGCGCCUUCUGGAGGCGCAUGCCUUGGAGGUCGGGGCUGAGGCGGGACUGCCGGGCGGCGGGGCACAGUGGGGACAGCAUCAGCUGCGGGGUCGGGUGGCGCGAGGGGCAGGUGGGCAGAGGGGACGGCAGGGGGUGCAGACCAGCCAGGGCGGAGAGGGAGGACAGCAGAGGCAGCAGCAGGAGAGCCCGCACAGGUCGCAGGCUCAGGGCACCGCGCCUCAGGGUGUGGGCUCGGGGGUGGGGCAGGGACGAGAGCAGCAGAGAGCGGACGGGGGUACAGGGGGGGCGGGGAGAUUGGGAGGGGAGGUUCAGGGAGUGAGAGAGGCUGCAGGGGAUCGAGCAGGGAGGUUGGGAGGUUUGGGGGAGGGUAGAGAGGGGGAGGGGAGAGGACAGGUGGGUGGAGGAGAGGAUAGGGGGAGAGAGACGACAGGAGAGGAGGCACCGAGGGACCAGACAGGGCAGCAGCCAGCGCAGCAGCAGGGACCAGCCGGACGCACAGGCCGUACAGGCACCUCCUCCCGCAUCCCAGACCUCACCUGCCGCGACGUCGGGCAGACUUUGAUGGUUCUUGUGGAUGUCUCCAUAGCGGACCCACAGCGGGAGGGGAACGUGCAGCUGGGACGGGCGACCCCCACACAGAUUGGAGUGGCAGCAGCUAGGCGGGUGCAGGAGAAGCUGCGUCACUGGGGGCCGCACUUAGAGGGGUUGCAGCCGGCACCACACUUUUACGCGUGCGUGGCUGAGACCUUUGGCCUACUGAGCGAGCCGUUGCGUCAGUUCCUGGGGCUCUGCGCGAAGAGGAUAGCACAGCGGAGGGAUUGGGGAGGAGGGGAUGAUGGAUCAGCACGGAUAUUUGAGACAGGACUCACUACACGUCUCUCCGUGGCACUGCAGCGCGCGCAGGCUCGAUGCAUCUUACAGCAUGCGUCACACCCCCUGCCCCCUCAUGCCAUCCGCUCCCCCCGCCCCUACCCUCCGCGUGCCCGCUCCCUCGCCGCCUCUUUUGACCCUCCCUGCCCCCCUCGCCGUUACCCACCGCUCGCCAUUCGCUCCUCCCCGCCCGUGCCCUCCCCUCGUUUACCUUCGCCUCCCCCCUCCCCUCCUCUGCUGCACGCCUCUUCCUUCCCCUCGCUAACCCACUCCACUCCCUGCCCCUCCUCAAUCCGCACCCUGCCCCUCGUUUCUCGCCCCCCUAUGCUUGGUUUCUCCCCUCCCUGCCCCUCGCCGCCUUUCUCCGCUCCCCACCUCCCCCCUCUCCCUGCCCCCCCACUCUCCUCCACUUGCCCUUGGCUUCCCACCUCCCUGCCCCACCUUUCCCCCCUUCGUGUGCUCAGCUUCUCCCCUCCCUGCCUCUCCCUCCUCCCCGCCCUGCCCCUCAUUUUCCGCCCCCCCACGCCCGGUUUCUCCCCUCCCUGCACCUCCCUUUCUUUCUCCGUGCCUCUCCUUUGCUCCCUCCCUGCCCCCGCCUGCCCAUGCCCCUGUCUUUGGUUUCUCCCCUCCCUGCCCCACGUUUCUUCCCUCCCUGAGAUCACCUUGUACCCCCUCUGCCCCUCCCUUGUUCUCCCCGCACCCAUUGCUUCUCCCCUCCCUGCCCUUGAUUUCCCGCACCCCUGCCCUUGUUUCCUACCAUCCAUGCCCCUCGUUUCCCCUCUUUGUACGUUCACCCUCUUCCCUCCCUGCCCCUCCCUUCCUCCCCCCCUGCCCUUUGCUUUCCCCUCCCCCUGCCCGUUGCUGCCCCUCCCCUUGCCCCCUCAACUCCCCUGCCCCCCGUACACCCCACUCCCGUCCAACCGCCCCCACCCUCCCCCGGCUGCCCGUUUCCGCUCUCCACCCCCGCGACCGUGUGCGGCUUCCAACCGCCCAACGGUGGUGCGCACGGGGCGUUUCUUCGCGCGGGCAAGCCUCCCCGGGGGCCCCCCACCCCGCUGA